UUGUGUACUGUGCAUGUUAUAGCCGUGUGAUAUCUCUAAGGUGACAUAGUGUUCUUCAUAUACAAUGUCAUCUGUGUGGGUAUUCAGCUGAGGAUUACUGGAUUAUUGCUGCCAGUGAGGUGUCUACUGUGAACACACAUAUUUCCUUUCCCAUGACCUUGGCAAGAUUACUUUUCUCUUCUGUGAGCAACACAAUACAGUGGCAUACGAUACAGUAAUGGACUCGUUUCCAGUGUCGUACGGCCACAGGAGUGUCCCGGUGGAGACUGACGAGGCCAUGACCUCGUCCUGCUUGAACCUGGUGUGUGAGCAGAGCCAGAGCGGGCUGGACGCCCCCUACCUGACCCGGGGGGGGCCCGUGAUGGACGAGUACCCGAGCGUCACCAUCAACCACGUACCAGCCGACUGCGAACCGUGGGGGGACCAUCAGCCACCCAAAGGUGGGCGAACGCAGGCGCCCGUUUCUAUGGGAACAGAACUGUCCCCGGACCUGAACCCUCACCGCGACCUGUUCAAGAACAACCCCAGUGACGUUUCCUGGAUGGAGGACCCCCCAGUGCGGAGUUAUUACAAAGCCCCCAAAGAGCCCCCCGGUCCGGACCCCGAUGAGAGCCUGGAGGCCCCCCUGUCGCUACAGUCCGACCCCCCCAAUGCUCAUUACCAGCAGCCCAUGCCCUGCCACCGGCCGUACCACAACAACAACAACAACCGCGUACCUCCCCUGCGUCGUCCUGUGGGUCCUUGCUUCAACCAGCAGUAUGCCGAUCAGGCCUACCCCCACUACUACCCCAACACAGAGCCUGCACAUGCACCUCCCCACCAGCCCCAGUCUAGGAGGCAUACUGGAGGAGAGGGUAACACGGCCCCCGUCAGAGAGAUCAUGACGGAGUUGUGUCCCAGACCUUCGCUCCCUCCCCGUCACUGUCACACUCCAGCACAGGAGACCAAGAGGACCAUCAGUCUACCUGAUAACUGCCGAAACCUUUUCAUAACAUACUCCAUUGACACAGCAGAGGAGAUUCCUACAUUUGUGAGUUUCUUGAUGACACAGGGUUUUCGACCAGCUAUUGAUAUAUUUGACGAUCCUGUGAGAAGACUAGACAUAAACAAAUGGAUGGAUAGUUAUUUAAAAGAUAAAUCAGUGUUGAUUAUCAUGGUCAUCAGCCCCAAGUACAAAAGUGAUAUUGAAGGACACGGCUCAGAUGAACAUGGACUGCACACCAAGUAUAUACAUAGCCAGCUACAGAAUGAGUUCAUUCAGCAGCGUUGCCUGAAUUUCCGACUUGUCCCAGUAUUGUUCCCCAACGCAACCAAGGAUCACAUCCCCAUUUGGCUCCAGAGCACGCGUGUCUACCACUGGCCCCGGGACAUGCAGGACCUGCUGUUGCGUCUGCUUCGAGAGGAGCGAUACAUAGCGCCACCUAUGGGCAAGGAGCUCACUCUCACUAUCAGGCCCCUGAUGUGAUUUCCCGCCACAUACCAUUUUUAGCUUAUAUGUACAUGUAGCCUAUAUAAUCAAGUGAAAAUGGCAGAAGGCAGGAUGACAUAAUCUGCACCGCACAUUUAUCUGGGGGGAGAAGGGGGAGUGGGAUGAAGUGUCUUUAUAAUGUCCCAAUAUCACCAAUAUCUCCUCAUGAACACUGAUCUGAUACACUUAGUUAUUUUGUUUUCAUGCAUUAUGUUAAGAAUUACAUGUACAUAAUACAAUAAUGUCUGUAUCACCAUGGGGCAGGCAAAAAUAAUGUCUAUUUUUAAACACAAGAGGGCAGUGUUUCACUGGCCUUGAUUUGUCAACCACGGCUGCUUUGAUAUUGUUCAAGAUAGGCCUAAGUGUUUUAUGUGAACAAUAUGUAUGUCAAUAAA